CUCCCCCUCCUCCCCUCUCUCCGGCGGCUGGAGGCAGCAGCAGGUCCGGGCGGGGCCACGCUGCGGAGCCCACAACCUCUAGCUCCCGCCCCGCCGCUGCGCCCCGCGGGACAAGCUGUGGAGCUCGGCUUGGGGACCAGCGGCCGGGGCGCGGGGCAUGAAGUUGGGCGCGCGCGGGUCUCGGAGCGGAGGCGCGGCACAGCCGGGAGCCGCCCGCAUCUAGAGCCCACUCGGUGCGCCAUGGAGCUCGGGGCUCCCCGGGCGCCGCCGCUGCCGCUGCUACUACUACUGCUGCUGCUGCUGCUCUUAGGGGUCGGCCUCUUGCCUGCUAGUGGUCACAUAGAGACCCGGGCCCAUGCGGAGGAGCGGCUCCUAAAGAGACUCUUCUCUGGCUACAACAAGUGGUCUCGACCAGUAGCCAACAUCUCAGAUGUGGUCCUUGUACGCUUCGGCCUGUCCAUUGCUCAACUCAUUGAUGUGGAUGAGAAGAACCAGAUGAUGACGACAAAUGUGUGGGUGAAGCAGGAGUGGCAUGACUACAAGCUGCGCUGGGACCCUGGAGACUACGAGAAUGUUACCUCCAUCCGCAUCCCCUCUGAGCUCAUCUGGAGGCCCGACAUCGUCCUCUAUAACAAUGCAGACGGGGACUUUGCAGUCACCCACCUGACCAAAGCCCACCUGUUCUAUGAUGGGCGGGUACAGUGGACACCCCCAGCCAUCUAUAAGAGCUCCUGCAGUAUUGAUGUCACCUUCUUCCCCUUUGACCAGCAGAACUGUACCAUGAAGUUUGGGUCCUGGACCUAUGACAAGGCCAAGAUCGACUUGGUGAGCAUGCAUAGCCGUGUGGACCAGCUGGACUUCUGGGAAAGUGGAGAGUGGGUCAUUGUAGAUGCCGUUGGCACCUACAACACCAGGAAGUAUGAAUGCUGUGCUGAGAUCUACCCUGACAUCACCUAUGCCUUCAUCAUCCGCCGGCUGCCACUGUUCUACACCAUCAACCUCAUCAUCCCAUGCCUGCUCAUCUCCUGUCUCACCGUGCUGGUCUUCUACCUGCCCUCUGAGUGUGGUGAGAAGGUCACACUGUGCAUCUCGGUGCUGCUCUCACUCACGGUCUUCCUCCUGCUCAUCACCGAGAUCAUCCCGUCCACCUCGCUGGUUAUCCCACUCAUCGGCGAGUACUUGCUCUUCACAAUGAUCUUUGUCACUCUCUCCAUUGUCAUCACAGUCUUUGUGCUCAACGUACACCACCGCUCACCACGCACACAUACCAUGCCUGCCUGGGUGCGCAGAGUCUUCCUGGACAUCGUGCCUCGCCUCCUCUUCAUGAAGCGCCCAUCAGUGGUCAAAGACAACUGCCGGAGACUUAUUGAGUCCAUGCACAAGAUGGCCAAUGCUCCUCGUUUCUGGCCAGAGCCUGAGGGCGAGCCUGGCAUCUUCAGUGACAUCCAAAACCAAGGCCUGUCACCCUCCCCAUCUUUCCAUAACCCUCUGGACACACCAGUCGAGGCCCAGCCUACAUGCAAGUCACCCUCCGGCAAGGCCCCUGAUUUGCAGACAUCAGAGGUUGAGAAGACCAGUCCUUGUCCAUCACCUGGCCCCUGUCACCCACCCAACAGCACUAGGGUCCCAAUGCUUGUCAAAGCCAGGUCCCUAAGUGUCCAGCAUGUGUCCAGCUCCCAAGAAGCACCAGAGGGUGGCAUCCGCUGCCGGUCUCGGAGUAUCCAGUACUGUGUUUCCCGGGAUGGAGCUGUCUCCCUGGCUGACAGCCAGCCCACUGGCUCCCCAGCCUCCCUGAAGGCCUGUCCAUCUCAGCUUCCGCUGUCAGACCAGGCCUCUCCAUGCAAAUGCACGUGCAAGGAACCAUCGCCUGUGUCUCCAGUCACUGUGCUCAAGGCCCGAGGCACCAAAGUACCCCCUCAACACCUACCCCUGUCGCCAGCCCUGACACGGGCAGUAGAGGGUGUCCAGUACAUUGCAGACCACCUCAAGGCAGAAGACACAGAUUUCUCGGUGAAGGAAGACUGGAAGUACGUGGCCAUGGUCAUUGACCGAAUCUUCCUAUGGAUGUUCAUCAUUGUCUGCCUGCUGGGCACUGUGGGCCUCUUCCUGCCCCCCUGGCUGGCUGGUAUGAUCUAGGGACACGGCAGUGGACAGGCCUGCUUGGCCCAGCUCCCUGCUCUCUGUAGGGUCAUGCUACUUGUCAGUUACUCCCAUCUUCCAAACCUGACAUGAAACACCUAGGAGAGAAAUGCUGCUUCUCCAGACCUAGAGCUGGUGCUGGUUCUAGUCCAGCCAUGGGCCUGGUUGGAGCUGGCUGAGGGCUGGCACAGGGCAGAGUUACAGUCUGAGCCCCUGUUUAAAUUUCUCUAGAGCAGGUGACAGUCACCCCCCUGGCCUACAGACAGCACACACCCAUCUGUGUCUCAGAGAAUGAUCCAAUGUUGGUCUCAGUUUUCUUGUGGGGCCAUAAGAAUUCAUCCCUCUUCAGCAACCAGAGCCCCGGGGGAUUCAUCAGACCUAGGAAACUCCCACUGUGCCUCUGCUGGCCACAUCCUCUCCCUACCCCCUGAUGUGCUCCCCUCAACCCUCCAGACUGGGCUGCUCUCUGACUUACAGUAUCAGGGCUGAGCCCAGGCAGGUUCUGUUUUGUUUAGAUUGGGGUGAAUGGGUAAGAAGCAGAGCACUGUGCUAUGUGGAUGGGCCCCACUCACAAGAGAACCAGUGCAGGCCCUCACAACAAGGCUGAAGCCCCACACAAGCCCUGCAUCCACCUCAAGGGCACAAGGGUCCAUAGUGAGUACUUCCUAGGGACCAGCAACCCCAGGAGGGCAAGAGCAUUGGGAGUCUCAAGGUUGUGAGGGAGCCAAAUAACGUCCAGGCCCUGGGCUGUAGGUCCCCUCACGGAUCUCUCUUGAUACCCCUCUAUGUUUCUGCUUCUCUGGGAUUAAAAGAUUGAAGGUAGGACUUCUCAUCCUAGUCCUGUGGUGAGGCCACAGUUCCCUUGAGCACAUCUUGUACAAGACCUGGGACUCUCUAGGCCAGCAGGAGUGGUGGGAAGCUCCUACAAUGUUACGGAGUAGAGUAGACUGCCAAGCACUUCUAAGCAAGCCAGGCUCUCUAACUCAUCGUCUUGAGAGCCAUAGACCCAGUCUGCCUUGCACUUAAAGUGUAGGGAAGACCUGAGGGGCUCCUCUUCCCUUUCCCAAGAUAGCACCAGACAACCUGGAGAAUCCCCAGUGAUGGGGUAGGAGAAGUACCUGCUGUGCCUACCUCUAUGAGAUUCCACAGGGUGAAAGGCAGAACAUGGGAGACACCCAAGAAAUCAUCCUGUGCUGUGGUCACCUCUCCGCUGUCCUCACCAGCCAAGUGGGUUUGGCAGAGCUGGGCCCUGCACCCUCAGCCAGCUUGUCCUAGGCCCUGAAGCUGAGGUCCCUGUUGGGAUAGUUCUGGGGACUGAAGAAAUGAAGAACUUAAUGAACUGGAACCAACACACCAAGCUCCCAGUAGGUGCAGCUGCCAACCCAUGGUACUGCUUGCCCAUUCCAGCUGAAUGAUGUCAGGACAGAGGUAUGCCAAAGGGUCUUUACCUGUACCUGCAGGCAAACCUGCAUUUAAACACAGAGCAGCUGGGCAUCUCAGGGUGCUGCUGGGAAAGGAACUCUGAGUUGGAGACCCCAGGAUAUUCGUGUGUACAUGAAGGGCAUGCAGAGGACUGGGUUCUGAACCCUGGAUGUUCUAGGCCUCCUCUAGAGUCCUAAGGGUGUCAAGGACCCCAUCUGCCAUGUUUCAAUCUGCCCUCAUGUCGCUGACUGACUGGGUCACUAGACCCCACACUGGAGUCCUCAGGACAUUGUAAGAUAACCCUGGUGGGGAAAUUCGUUCCAGAACCUGGGAGCCAAGGGGAACACAAGCCUCGGUGAGGAAGGCAGCAGACACACCUGUCAAAUGUGAGCUCUACUAUCACAUUGCAUAUGUGGCUCCAACCACAAGAUUUGCAGGCAACAGUAGAGAUCGGGGCAAGGUCACAGUGGCACACUGUACAGGGCUGCUGUGUUCUUCUCUUCUGGGUCAGAAAAAGUGAAUGGCUGGAUGUUCCUGACAGGCCAUCCCCACACACACCCAGAAGCCAGAAAAGGAAAAUAAAGCGCCAUCUUCUCCCCAAGCCCUUCAGCUGUCCUUUUGUCUGCUUGCUUCCAGUGUUGAUCUAUGGUCAAGAUGAAGUUCAGUUAGGACAGAGUGCUUGAUCUGAGGCCUUUGGGCCAGUGAACUUUAAAAAAUAGACAGCGUGGCCCCAGUCCCUCUGUUAUGUAGACAGUAUCACCCCAAAGUUUCCAGCCCUCCCAUCCUCCUCCCUCCCAUGGACAGCAUCAAUUCAAAUGUGAAUCCUGGAGACCAGUCGUGCUGGCUCCUGGACAUGUGCCCGGGAUCUCAUAUUGGACUCUGCGAUGUCUGGCUUCUUUUACUUGUGUGGCCAAGACUCACCUGCAGUGCUGUGUGCACUAGAUUCAUUGCUGUUGUGUGCUUGUUGGUUCUUAGUUGCUGUUUCUGUCCAAAUAAACUGAGUUGUGGUGUCUCUCCAUCA